CCCCCUCCCGACCUCCCCAGAGUAUAUUGCACAUUACUGUUAACCUUCUCCAAGGGCUGGUCAAACCCGAUCUCGUCUAAUCUCCCCCCCCGCCAAAGCUCCUGCCACCCCUGCCCUGUUUUCCAAGUGUCCCUCUCUGCUAAGGGGUGCUUUGUCUUGCUCACACUGCCCCAGCAGCGCCCGUGCCUUCCUCCUGAAAAAGCAGCAAAGCAGCAUGAGCAUGGCAAACGAAACAUACCUCCUCAUAAAAGACAUAAGGGCCGGACUGAAAAAUUUAAAUGUCAUCUUUAUUGUGCUAGAGAUCGGCCGUGUCACCAAAACCAAAGAUGGGCACGAAGUGCGGUCGUGCAAAGUAGCGGACAAGUCAGGCAGCAUCCUCAUCUCGGUGUGGGAUGAACUUGGCAGUCUCAUCCAGCCGGGAGAUAUUAUCCGGUUGACCAAAGGGUACGCGUCUCUGUGGAAAGGAUGUCUCACGCUUUACACCGGAAGGGGAGGCGAGCUCCAGAAAAUCGGGGAGUUCUGCAUGGUGUACUCGGAAGUGCCCAACUUCAGUGAGCCCAGCUCGGAUCCCCCUGGGCAGCCCAGCAAAGUGGCACAGGGUGAGCAGAGUAACAAUUCCCUUCCAUCAACUAAUCUGAGUUCUUGUACUUUUGGGCCUACUGGAAAUGGUUUGCCGGCAGGACCUGAGCUGAGCGGAGUAUCAUCUGCUUAUAAUCAUGCCGCCUCCUCCUCCUAUGCAGGUACUGGGAGGGUCGGCGGGCGGGGACCCGCCCCUCCUUCAGUGCCGUCCAAUCACGCGCGCCCCCCACAAAGCACAAUGAGUAACGGGAGGGAUCCCCGCAGAGCCUCAAAAAGAUGACCCGGCCAAAUGACUCACUUGUCCGCCUAAACUCUAUAUACGCCCUACUUGAACACUUAAUUGCACUUUUAUUUAUGGUUAACUGUGUGUGGGGGGGGAGGGGGGAGUUUGGUCUACUAGUUCUCUACCUUCUGUCGUCCGGAGAAGAGGAUUUCCUCCCCGCCACACACCUUUCUCUCUCUUCGCCAUCCUCCCCCCCCCCAGGCUGAAAAACCCAGUGAAGCUGCUGAUACAAGGAAAAUUGUCUUAAAAUAAGGCUCGUAGUUCGAAAUUGGGAUUCCUUGUUGUGCAUCAGAUGUUGAUUUCCAAAACAAACCUUGAGCGUGGUUGAAUGCUUGUU